UCUGUGCCAGGGACCUUUGAUCUUUGAAUGGGAUAAAAACCGAGCACACCUCGAGCCUUCCACGAAAACAAAAAAAUCAUAGGAUUGGCUUAAAAGCACGGUUUACUGCACACAAGGAAGAGUUCUUGAAGGGGCUGGAAUUCCAUCCUAUCGAUCAUUGAGCUGGUGGACUUCAACCCCCUGGCUUUAAAUGAGCAGGAAGUCUUGAUAUUUGCUCUCCCCUACGUGAGGAAAAUGGAUGCCUAGGACAUGAAUAGGAACCAGGGAAAACCCUCAGUUCAGGGCUGAAGAACCGAAGAGGGCAAUAAGGAAGAAACCAUAGUAAGGUUGACUCCACUAAUAUUCCAGUAUGUAUACGAGCAAUGGGACCCAUCUUUUUGCUUCAAGUGAGGAUGGAGAGUCAAUUCGGUCCAGUGGCUUCUCACUGGACGAAAUGUCUUCACAGAGGUCCAGUUUAUCGAGACCCAGCGGCAAAGCCAUAUACUUGCAGAGGAAGGGGUACGCCGAGACCAUGAUUAAACAGCCGAGGAACGUCCAGUACAGAGUGGAGCACCUCUUUACCUGCGAGGUUGACGGCCGGGACGUCCGCGAUCUGGAAGACUGCGUAGAGCAGCUGAAGGUCCUGGAUGCCAGGGGCAGGGUGUGGGGGCAGGACAUGGUGCUGGAGGUACAGGACAGGAGCCUGCUCCUCACCGACAUCGAGACUAAGGAGGAGCUCGAGUCCCUUCCACUGGCCAGCAUCACUGAGACAAAGGCCCUGUUGGACACGUGCAUCUACAACUCCAUGCUGGCCCUCACGGUACAGGAGCGCUCCAAAGGGAUGACCAACAUCUUCCUGUUCCAGUGUGAGGAAGUGAGGGCAGAACUCGUCAAAACUGACCUAGACAGAGCUAUCAGACUCCGAAUGAUGGAUGUGGGGGAUAUAAGGAACCAUGUGAAUAAUGCAGUCGGCCAGCCAGAUUCUGGAAGUUCACACGGCUCGGAGCCACCCCUGUCAGAUAGAUGGAAUGACCCAGAUUAUGUUGUGUGUGUGUCCCCAGAGGAGGCCAGCCUCCCCCCUCCCAGGGAAGAACCAGAACCAGAGUAUGAUGAGGAACCCCAGGAGGAGCCCCCCCCACGGGUGUACACGGAGCUGGAGAGGAACGUGGACAUCUUGAACCACGUUCUGAACGAUGUGGAGCUGUUCAUGGGCAGAGUGAGAGCACUCGUGGCUAAAGAGGAUAAGAAAAAGAAGAAGAUAUUGAUGAUGAAGAAGAACAAGAAGAAAGUCACUGAGGAUAUGCCCACCCCAGAGGAAUUUGAAACCUGCCUACAGAAAGUUAAGUUUGGAUUUAACCUGCUGGGGGUGCUAAAUGGUGAGAUCAGCAGUCCCAGCGCUCCCGAAUUCACCCACAUCUUCUUCUCCAUCCUGGAGUUUUUGGUGCCACAUGCCCCCCUUGACCUGCCCUCCUCCAUCAUCGCCCCUCUACUGACAGACCAGACCAUCAAACUCCUCAGCGAGGAGGCCAACCAGGAGGAGGACCAGCUUUGGCAGUCCCUGGGCGACGCCUGGAAUAUUCCCAGCUCUAAAUGGCCAGAUGAUGAGGAUGAGGAUGAAGUUCCGCCCUAUUUCCCAGAGUUCGACGAUGGUUGGGAGCCCCCCAUGGUGGUCAAAGCUCCUCCAAAACCGAACCCGACCAAUAACACCAAAAGUCAGCGGCCGCAGCCGCAGCCGCCACCGCCACCGCCAACUGAAAGGGCGCCACAGAGAACCCAGCCUUCUCAGUCUCCUGUUCCGUGGAACCCUCCAAAACCACGGCCCAAUGAGCCGCCGGCCCGUUACAUGCGGGUGAUGUACGACUUCGCGGCCAGGAACCGCCGAGAGCUGAGCAUCAUGAAGGACGACAUGGUGCAGGUCCUGGACCAAUCCAAGCAGUGGUGGAGAGUGCGUAACGCAGAUGGGGAGGAGGGGUACGUGCCCCACAACGUGCUGGUGUCUGCGGCGGAGAAACAGGUGGACGAGGAGCCCAAGGAGAUGAACUCGCCUCCAACCUUGAACAAGAGAUCCAAACCGGAGGAGGUGAAGGCCUGGCUGGAGUACAAGGAGUUUUCAAAAAUUACGGUGCGCUGUCUGGGCGUGCUCAGUGGCUCCCUGCUCCUGGGCCUGACGCGGGAGGAGCUGAAGCAAAUGUGCCCAGAGGAAGGGGGGCGGGUCUUCUUCCAGUUACAGAACGUGAGGAACUCCCUGGCGCUGGCCAAUGAGAACGGGAAAAUCCGGUACAACUGACACCGGGAGGCACGGGAGACAGAGGAAGUAAAGGAAGAGGGAGGGGACAGAUGCUAACAGAUCAGAACAACACGCAAACAAAGGAAGAGGACAAGUUACCAAUGAAUUAUUCUGUUCCUGCCUUUAUGACGUAUUACUCAAUAUAACACAGAUGUAAACUUUUGCACAGAAUGCCAAUAUGCUACAUUGCACCACCUGACAGAACGCUGCUUAGCUCUGGGAGGACUAUUUAGAGUGUUUUACUGUUAUAGAUUUAGCAGUGGCACUGUCCUCAUGGACUACACAUUGACAAGCACAGUCUAUUAAGAUAUAUAAACAUAUAUAAACAUAUAAAAGAUCACGUCAGUUAUAGGAUGAUAACGUGUAUGUAAGAUGUAUGUAAGUGUAUUGCAAACAUUGUCAGGAACACUGAUUCUCUAGAGCCAUUCUUCUCAUGAUUCAGUUCUUAAUUCGGUUGUAAAUUAUUUCUACCAAAUGGGUCUUGUGUUACCGCCUUCUUGUGUCAAAACUGAAUUUACGCUUUUGAUUAGUUUGUGUUCAUUUUGCUAAUAAUAAACCUGUGAAAGCACGCAACACC